CCACGGCGGGGAUGACUACUUGGUUACGAGGUAACCUUGAGUUACCUCCGCUCUUAUCACAGGUGAUCACGGCGACUGAGAAGGAGAAAAUUUCAACACUUGACCAUGCUGCUUUAGAGAAGAGGAGUCACCAUGGCCUGGCCGAGCUACUGUUGUCCAUCUCCGAGGUGAACCGAAGGAAAGAUGAGCGCGAGAAAGAUUUGUCGCUACAACUCACCGAAUUAGCGAAGGAGGUGGCAUCGCUCAAGCUCGUGCGUGACUCACAUGCAGCCGAGGUCACUGCGCUUAAAGAAAUGCACGCCGUGGAGUUGGCCAAUGCAAGGGGGCGGGCCGUGGAUGCAUACAAGAAUUCUCCAGAGUUCGUGUCUAAUCAGGAAGCAUACAUUAAUGCCCACUUGAACGAUAUUAGCAAGGAUUGGUUGUCUACUCCGGAAGGUCGUGAGAAACUGGCCUUAGAGAGCUACAUCUCCUACCAGAUCGGGAUAUAUGCCACUCAACAGAAAAUAUAUCCUAUCUUGAGGGAUAAGGCUGGUACCUCUUGCAUCACUGAUUGGGGACUUCCUCCUGAGGUUCCCAACCCUGAGAUCCCGGUAGCCAACACGCCCCUGGACUAUAUUCCUUUUGACAGACUCCCCACUGAUGAGGAGCUUGGCGAUCUUCCUUCCGAGACAGAUCACCCAGCUUCGACUGCUUCUGUGCCUUAGAGCAUGCAUGGGAGUGACGGAUGGACGUAGUGUAGACUUUAAUUCUG